AGUGCGGAUGAGGAGAAAGGGUCGGGGGAAGAGGCGGGGGCUCGAGCAGAGGAAAGAAAGAUUUAUGCAAUGAUAGGUGGUCGGACUUUGUUUGGCUGGACUGUUGCGCGCAAUAAGACCAAGGGUUUUCGUGUUUCCUGCACUUGAGGGAUUAUUAUAGGCGGUCGAUGGCCACCCGGCGCGUCACACAGCGCCACUUAGCGCUGCUGUGACACCCCGUGGAGUCCUUAUGUCUAGCUACAACUCUGGACACUUAGUCUCCAGUGGAUAACCGCCUCCCCCCACUCUCUCUUCCUCUUCCUCUCUCUGUCAGUGCGUACCAGCCGUGCGUUCUGCAUGCGUCAAAGGAGCACCGUGCGUAACGGGAGAGUCGUGCGUAACUGGAGACAGAUUUCACUCCAUUUUGCGCUGGGAUUCUGAGGACCGCUGGCGGUGUAACGCUCACUUGCAAGGACACUGACCGCUGGGAGCCAGCAUAUUUCUCCCCCGAAACACCUCACAGGUCGUCUUUUCUCCCUCCCCUCUCUUCUCUCUACGCCAGUUGUACGUCAGAGCUGACAUGACGACCGAGACCCCUCAGCAGCAGCUGGAACCUCCGCCUCCUCUGAGAUCCAGCCCGGCGUCCGGCGUCCUGCAUCCCGCUAUGCUGAGCCCACAAGCCGCCACAGAAAAUUCUUCUAAUGGCGUCAAGGGAAAGAAGACGAGCUCCGGUUUAAGGCGACCGGAAAAGCCGCCGUACUCCUACAUCGCUCUCAUCGUUAUGGCAAUACAGAGCUCGCCCACCAAGCGGCUGACACUCAGUGAAAUCUAUCAGUUUCUCCAGGCUCGCUUCCCAUUCUUCAGGGGUUCGUACCAGGGCUGGAAGAACUCUGUCCGGCAUAAUCUGUCGCUUAACGAGUGCUUCAUCAAGCUGCCAAAAGGGCUGGGCAGGCCGGGGAAAGGCCACUACUGGACCAUCGAUCCAGGCAGUGAGUUCAUGUUCGAGGAAGGUUCAUUUCGGCGCAGACCCAGAGGCUUCAGAAGAAAAUGUCAAGCUCUGAAGCCCAUGUAUCGGAUGAUGAAUGGCAUAGGCUUCGGCACCUCAAUUCUUCCACAGAGUUUUGAUUUCCAGGGUCCAUCGGCCACCCUCGCCUGUCACAGUAACAGCUACAACUUGGACAUGAUGAGCAAUUCAAUGGCCGGGGGGUACGACGGGCUGAGUGGCGGGCACCACGUACCUCACAUGUCCCCGAGUCCCGGCUCCACAUACAUGGCGAGUUGUCCCGUGCCUCCUAACGGGGAAUAUGGGCCGGAUAGCAGCAGCAGUCCUGUACCGUCCUCUCCAGCCAUGGCCAGCGCGCUGGACGGCCACUCCCCGUACGCCAGUACAUCCGCACACUGGGCGUCCUCCGGCGGCUCCCCCUACAUCAAACAACAGCCUCUAGCCUCCAGCAGCCCAGCAUCCUCUGGUUUACACUCCGGCAUGUCGCCUUACUCCCUGGAGCAGAGUUACCUUCACCAGAAUGGCAGGGACAGCCACUCCACUGAUAUUUCAGUGGGGAUUCCGCGCUAUCAGAGCCAUUCCUCGGUGUGCGACAGGAAAGAUUUUGUGUUGAACUUUAACGGCAUCUCCUCCUUCCACCCCUCGGCCGGCGGAUCCUACUAUCACCACCACCACCACCACCACCCCCAGAGCGUCUGUCAGGACAUCAAACCCUGCGUGAUGUGAGCUCUCCUGUCACUGCGGACUUCAAAACAAGAGAGGCAUCACAGCUCCGCCACAUCUGAACAAACAAGCAGACUUUUUUUUUUUUUGUCUAUUUGUCUUUUUUGUAAUUUUUGAAGGAUUCGUGCUAGCAUGGAUGGUGGAGUCCGCACUCACAUGUUUGCCUCCUAUGCAGCCAAAUAUCUUUAUUAUUGUUAAUUCUGCUGGACUUGAACUAUGCAUUGAAGAAAACAUGAAUGAAGAAACUCCAGAGGCCUUUAGAAAUACCACUUCGCCUAUAUGAACCCUGACAAGCUUUCUUCUUCAAGAGAAGUUUCAGAAACACGACUUUCGAUGCGUUUGCUCUUGUAACACGUGCAAACCAAUUAUACUCCAUGUAACUGUAUCUUAUUACACACACAACGCUUUAGGCUUUCAUGAACUGCAACGAACCUUGCACUUAUUGUAUAAUCCUUUUACCAUUUUUUCUUUUUGUUUUGUCCUGUAAAAUGUUUCAAUAAAGCUGAUAUAUAUUUUAGGCUAAA